GUGAAGCAGUAUGAUUCCAGGAUAAAAUAGAGAGACAAUAGAGUUUAGUUCGGCUGUACGGUGAUGUACAGUGUAACAUUUGCAGUCAGUUUAUUGCGUUGCCAAUGGUGUCGUAUUGGCUGUUUUAUUUACUCAUUAUUAAAGUACUAGAUCAUUCGGAACUCUUGUUAAGUUCUUGUGUUCAUGUUUUGUGUUGAGCAGUUUUUACAGAAGUGGUGAUAAGGAGAGAGAGAAUCGUAACAAUCUUAUGAUAUCAAGUUUUGUUGAAAGAUAUGCUGAAGAUAGACACAAGGCGUUAUUGCUUCGAUUUCUGAAGAUCAAGUCAUCAAAACUUUGGAAGACAUACGUUUGAGUGAAGUCCAGGGAAAAUUAUCUGAUCAGGAAGGGGUAGACUCCUACCUUCAAACAUCAUGGACGAAUCCUAGUGUUGCUCAGUCUGGGAAUUACUUCUGUGAAGCUCUUGCAGUCAAUGACGAAGGGAAGAAUAAUACGCUUAAUGUUUCGCUUGCAGUGCUUGUUGAAAAACCAUCUUACGAAGAUUUGGUUAGAAUUCUCGGCGACUUAUUACCUCAAGUAGAUGACAUCAAGGACAAACUGAAAACGAAUAAACAAGAUUUAAUUAAGUCCACAUCAGACAUAAAGAAAUUUAUUUAUAAUUUCACGAUUGAUCAGUCACUAAUUGAAAAUAAGUUUAAUAAUGAAGUAUUUGACAUCAAAGACGACCUGAGAAAAGCGCUGGCAAAUUUUUAUCUUGAGCAAUCUUCAUUUCGCAAAAAGAUUGAUGAAGACGUAUAUGGCAUUAAAGUCGAGGCAAAGAAACAUCUGGAUAAAUUGUCUUCGGCACAAUCCUCUCUUCAGAAUGAGAUAGAUCGAGAACUAUCGGACAUGAGAAACAACAUAGAGAUAUUCAUAUUAAAUGUUAAUUUCACACAAGCGUUGUAUCAAAAAAGGUUGGACAAAGCAAUUCUCGGAGCACAAUUUUCCCCACCAAAAUCAUGUCGUGACAUCUAUAGUACAGAAGACCGCGUAGUGGUGACAUUAGCUUCCGGGUUAAAGGUCAUGUGUGACACCAAGACAGACGGCGGUGGAUGGAUCAUCUUUCAGAGACGAAUCAACGGAAAAGUAGAUUUCUAUAGAGGCUGGAAGGAGUAUCGUGAUGGCUUUGGAGAUUACAUUAUUGGAGAAUUUUAUUUGGGGAAUGAAAAGAUAUCCAUGUUAACAUCAAAGCUAAAUUAUGAAAUGAGAGUUGAUUUGGCCUAUGAAAACACGACAUAUUUUGCCACCUUCUCCACUUUUAAAUUGCUAGGUGAAAAUGACAUAUACAAACUACAUAUAGGAAAUUACAUUGGGACAGCUGGCGAUAGCUUGAAGAGACAAAAUAAUUCUUUUUUCUCUACUUUCGACAGAGACAACGACAUUGUCAGUGGGAGCUGUGCUAUUAAGAGAAGAGGGGCAUGGUGGUACAAGGACUGUUCCGAUUCAAAUCUGAACGGUGAAUGGGCAAAUAAUAACCAAAGUGCUGUUUACUGGGAUACCGUGGCCGAGUGGAAGAGUGCCACAUUUACUGAAAUGAAAAUAAGAGAAUAUAAAUAAAUACAAGCAAACCUUAACUUUGAAACAAAAAUGAUAUUUGUUGAUAUUUCUUAAACUAUUUUUCCCCUAAUAGCUUGCACUACAUUCACCUUGACCUAUCAUUUAACCUGUUGGACAGUCGGGGCACUACGCAAGAUUUGUCGACGGUCUUUCUCCAUUCCUCUCUUUUUGCUUUGGAUAGAACCUCUUUAAUGGCAGGCCCUUAAUUCUUUUAUGUUGUCUUCCCAUCUCUUUCUCUGCCUGCAUCUUUCUUUUUUUUUCUGUUCCCUGAAGGAAGGUGUUUCCAAGCCCCGAAGACCUUAUAAUAUGAUAACUAUAUUAUAGGCCUACAUAUAUAAUGAAACAUUUGUUAUUACAAACGCGAGGACAAAUUUGUAUAUAUUUCUCUGAUCUUUUACUCUCUCUCUCUCUCUCUUUAUAUAUAUAUAUAUAUAUAUAUAUAUAUAUAUAUAUAUAUAUAUAUAUAUAUAUAUAUAUAUAUAUAUAUAUAUAUAUAUAUAUAUCACUGGCGGAUCCAGAACUUUGGAGUGGGGGGGCGAUUUUUUUCCAAACCUAACCCUAACGCCCAGUAAACCCUAACCCUAUGCAUAAACGUGCGAACAGCAUAUAUAUAUAUAUAUAUAUAUAUAUAUAUAUAUAUAUAUUCAAUAUAUGAGAAUAAAAUAAGACUGUUUCUCAAUGUUCGGCGAAAAAAAAAAGAACAAAAAAACAGUCAUGUUGAGGCCUUUCUCUUGCAAACUUGGGGGUCUGGGAGAGCGCUUUAAGCUUACUCAGUGGGGUUCGGGGCGAAGCCCCGACACCCAAAAGCGUUUUGUUGCAUUUUUCACUGCAGAAACGCAUUCUCCUGACAUCUACAGCUCAUAUGUUAUCAGUGGGGUUCUGGGCGAAACCCCGACGCCAAAAGCGGUUUCUUGCAUUUUUCACAGCUGAAACGCAUUCUCCUGACAUGUACAGCUCAUUACUUAUUAGUGGGGUUCGGGGCUUCGCCCCGACGCCAAAAGCGUUUUCUUGCAUUUUUUACGGCUGAAACGCAUUCUCCUGACAUAUACAGCUCAUUACUUAUCAGUGGGGUUCGGGGCUUCGCCCCGACGCAAAAAGCGUUUUCUUGAAUUUUUCACGGCUGAAACGCAUUCUGCUGACAUCUACAGCUUAUUAUUCAUUCUAUUAUAAAGGACCUUUUUAAUAAUGUGGAAAAAUAUUCAAAUAUGAAUUUAUAGUCCCUUAAUACAUUGCAAAUACAACCGGUUUGUUAUUUGAAAAGAUAAGAUACACCACAUAUUUAGAUUAAGGCUUUGAGGAUCGCCGCCGAAAAAAAAAAUAUUCGAUUAAUAAUAUUCAAUAAAAUUCGAACAUCAAUUGUGAGUUAUAGUCCUAAAUUUAUUUAACUAGACAAAUAUGAGAUAGAGUAAAGGUUGGAAAAAGUCGACUAGGAAAAGAUUAUCUGGCUUUUGAACUCAUCUCAACCGUGACUGUUAUAUUGAAAAAUUUCGUUUGAAUUAUAACUUUUCCAAAGCAAAGUCUUUCUUAAAAUAGUUAUGAUAAAUGCAUGUGAAAUUACACAAACUCUCUCUGGAAAGGGGAAUGGCGGUAAAAUGAAAACGAUUAAUCCUCGCCCCCCCCCCCCCCCUGGAUCCGCCAGUGAUAUAUAUAUAUAUAUAUAUAUAUAUAUAUAUAUAUAUAUAUAUAUAUAUAUAUAUAUAUAUAUAGAUAGAUAGAUAGAUAGAUAGAUAGAUAGAUAGAUAAAUAUUUUAUAUAUAUAAUAAGCAAGGUUAAAUUGUAGUUUUUGAUAGUAUGUUACACAAUCUUUGUGUGCAUAUUAACUGGUUAUUAAGUGUCCAUAUUUUAUGACCUAUAAGUUAAUAGCUUAAUAUCUCCAACCAGGACGUCAUAUUAUUGUAAGAUUGUUGUAGGUGGUCGUUAAAUUGUAGCACCAAGCUGCUGGUAGACAACUCAACUUCUGUAGCUUCCUUGUGAGCAAUAGUAAAUAGAACUUGUAUUGCAAAUUCAACAAAUUGAACUUGAGAUUUAAUAAUAAAUAUAUAAGAAACUUUGGUAAUAAUAUAAAAUGGAAUUCUUAGCAAAAUCUAACUUACUGGAGUCGUCUCCCCUACCUAAGACCGUUGACGACAAUGCCGUUCAUCUUCUAUCGACAAUACCUAACAUUUUCAGACCCUAUCCAUAGAAACACACUUACUUUGUAACAAAUAGCGACUGUACGGAACAAAAGUUAAUUAAAUAAUUAACUAAAUAAAUAAAAAAAAAAUAAAAGUGUUUGAUCAUGUGUUCAA